AUGUUUGAAAAUACAGGUUGUAAUGCUAAAAAUCGUUUCAUUGCCACCGGUAAGAUCGAAGUUCCUCUUUAUUUGACGGAAAUCUUGUCAGAAUGGACAAAAGCUGCAAUACGUACUCAACCUUCAGAUUUACUUUUAUGGUCUCAAAUUUACUUUUCUUUAAAAUCUAUUGGUAAACAGCCACCCGUAAAAGAAUAUUUGGAUCCCCCCGAUCUAAAACUAGGACCCGGUGGCUUGACUCCAAACACGUUGAAGGCACUGGCUAAGACUUUAUCUGAUGAAUAUGAGACUUAUGAUAGAAUAGAAGCAAUGUGGAAUAUUUUGUCACUUAAGAAAAAAAUAUUUAUGGAAAUAAUUAAAUUUGGUAAUUUUAAAAAUGAUAUAAAAUCAAACGAAUUUAUAGGAAUUGCUGCAUCUUACCUAAACAAUAGCCUGAAAGGUACAAUGAUAUUGUUGUGCGAUACGUUGUCAACAGAUGACUCAAGUGGUGUCUUAUUGGAAAUCUUUGUGGAAAUUUAUCAAUAUUUGGCAAGACUUGAUUGUGCAGACGUAGUAUAUCGUCAAAUGAAAUUCACUAGUUGA